AUGGAAAAAUAUUUCCAUAUAAUCCUGAAAAUUCUACUGAUAAAAGCUUUAAUCCAGGCUACUUCCUUGGCUGCUGGAUUUGCUGCUGAUGAUGAUUUAAUAGUAACAUUACCCUCAGGAAGUAAAAUGCGAGGAUAUGUCCUUCAGAGUUUUGAAGGGAAUGAUUUCCAUGCUUUUGAAAAUAUUCCAUACGGAGAACCUCCGAUUGGACAGAACAGAUUUCAGAAAGCUAAUCCUCAAGAGCUAUUACCUGUAUAUUUUUGGAUUCAUGGAGGAGGUUUCAUAGGUGGAUUUGGUUCCGGUAAUAAUCCAAAAUUGUUUAUUGAUUAUGAUAUUGUUAUUGUUACAAUUAACUACAGGCUAGGAGCUUUAGGAUUCUUAACAACGAUUGAUAAUAAUAUUCCUGGAAACUUGGGUCUUAAAGAUCAAGUUCUUGCUCUUCAGUGGGUACACGAUAACAUUAAUGCCUUUGGAGGCGAUCCAAAACAAGUUACAGUGGGUGGUGAAAGUGCUGGAAGCAUGUCUGCCGGAUUUCAUUUGCUUAGUAAAUCAGCCCGAGAUGACACCAGUGAUGAAUUUAAACAAAGAAAAAAAUACUAUGAUGAAACUCCAAAGAAUGUGAUAUCGGAAUAUUUAAAUAUAGCUGAAGAAGCUAAAGAAGAUGUUGGUAAAGCAUUAAAGAGUCUCUAUACUAACUCAUCAUUCGAGGAGGACACACUUGCGUUUAUCAAAUAUACCAGUGACGAAAAUUUUGGACGAUCGAUAGCACGUCAAGCUGAAGCCGGAUCUCGAUAUGCUCCUGUGUAUAUGUAUCAACUAUCUUGGUAUAAUAAACUCAACCCAUACCCAGGUGUUGAACAUGGAGACGAUUUGCUUUACAUGUGGUUUGUAUUAGAAACCUUUCCAUCAUACAAUGAGGCUCUUCGCAAACCUAUACUAAAGUGGUGGACUAAUUUCAUUAAAUAUCAAAAUCCUACUCCAGUAGAGGAUGAAGAUUUACAAAAUGUCAUUUGGCCAGAAGUUACGCCUGGGUCUGUGAAAUAUUUGAAUAUCGAUUCAAAAUUUGAAGUAAAAGAAAACCCUCGACAAUAUUAUCAAAUUGAAUCCAUUCUUGAUCCUUACGUAAGAGUGCCUCUUAUCACGUACUGAAAUAAAUUAUAAUAUGUAACAUGGAAAACACAAAUAAAUAAAACUAAAAUAUUUAGUUUUUAUUAUAUCACGCAAGCUCAGUUGGGCAUUUCGUGUUAAAAUUUUCGGUGCGAAUGUUUUGUGUCAAAUUUAAA